AUGGUGGAAGGAGACCCCGUGUCUGCCAUACCUGAGUCAACUGUUACAGUUAACCCAAUCAGUAAAGAGAAGGGAAAGAGUGAGGAUGAUAUUGAUGAUUUGCUGCUGAAGGGAGUUAGUCAUAGUGGGUAUGGGCAUGCAAGUGAGGUAUCAUAUGUGCAACGCAGGCAUUCCAAGGGCGGAGUUCCCCCACCACACUGUGAAGAAGAUGCAAAAGAAAUUCAAGUUUCAUACACUGCACAGUAUUUCUUCUGGUCUCAGGAUAGAUCCCUUGAUACAGCAGCCAUUCCUUCUGAAAUAAGUACCGACUCAAAGAAUUCAAUCCCUUUUUUAGGGUUAUAUGGAGAAGGAUAUCAGCACUACAGAUUCAACGUUUCUUCUUGGAUCAUUUUCAAUGCAUCAGCUUUGCUGUAUACUUCACCGGGAUAG